CUAAGAUACCCCACCUCCAAUCUAAAAAACAAAGAAAGAAAGCCAUGUACCCAACACAACCGUCUUGGAACCUCGGGCCUUAACUGCACAAUAAUUGCUGCAUUCCAAUCCAAGUUUAUUCUUCUUCUCUCUCUCUUCUCUGUCUCUCUAAUUAUCUCCCUCUUUCUCCCUGGUUAAGUGAAGUUUUGGCAAUGGCAGGACAAUCAAGAAAAUGGAUGAUACUAGUUGCAACGACAUGGGUACAGGCUUUUACAGGGACAAACUUCGACUUUUCAUCCUACUCUGCAACAUUGAAAUCAGUUCUUGGGAUAUCUCAGGUUCAGCUCAAUUAUUUGUCUGUUGCUUCAGAUAUGGGGAAGGCAUUUGGUUGGUGUUGUGGGGUGUCUCUAAUGUAUUUGCCAUUGUGGGUAGUCAUGAUCAUGGCUGCCUUCUUGGGGCUUUUUGGCUAUGGUGUUCAAUGGCUUGUAAUCAAACAAGUCAUUACCUUACCCUAUUUCCUGGUAUUUCUUCUGUGUUUGGUAUCUGGUUGUAGCAUCUGCUGGUUCAACACAGUAUGUUUUGUUUUAUGCAUCAGAAAUUUCCCAACCAACAGGGCACUUGCUUUGUCCCUCACCAUCAGUUUCAAUGGUGUAAGUGCUGCAAUUUAUACUCUAAUUGCUAAUGCUAUAAACCCCGAUGAUGACACGCUCUAUCUCUUCUUAAAUGCACUUGUGCCUCUUCUUGCAUCCAGCUUAGCUCUCAUUCCAAUACUCCGCCAAGCACCUUUGCAGCUUCUGUCCACUGAUGCUAUUAAUCGGGAUUCCUUCAUUUUCAUUAUCCUUAAUGUUUUAGCUGUUAUCACUGGCCUAUAUCUUCUCCUUUUAAAUUCACUUUCUUCUGAAGCAUUAAGGGCGCGCAUUCUCCUGGUGGGUGCCUUAAUCCUAUUGCUCCUACCUUUGUGUUUACCAGGCAUUGUCUGUGGUAGGAACUGGGCUCGUCGUAAUAUCCAUACUAGCUUUUGUCUUGAUGGUUCGACCUUCAGCUUGUUUGACCCCGAUGACCUUGAGCUCCAUAAGGAAUUGAUUGGAAGUGAUCAAAAUAAUAGCUUGAGUGUUGAUUCAUUUUGUGUAACAAACACAGAAGGGUUUAUUGGGAAGGUAAUGGAGAAAGGCAGGUUAACAAUGCUAGGUGAGGAACACACAGCAAGACUGCUAGCACGCCGGUUGGAUUUCUGGCUAUAUUAUGUGGCCUAUUUCUGUGGAGGGACAAUAGGGCUGGUUUAUAGCAAUAAUUUAGGGCAGAUUGCACAAUCACGCGGAUACUACUCCCAAAUUAGUACAGUCGUGACUCUCUACUCCUCUUUCUCAUUCUUUGGUCGUUUGCUUUCAGCUGCUCCAGACUUCCUGCGUGACAAGGUGUACUUUGCAAGGAGUGGGUGGCUAGCAGUUGCCCUGGUGCCUACACCAGUAGCCUUCUUUUUGCUUGCUGCAUCAGGCAGUGAGGCAGCACUGCUUGCUGGCACAGGCUUGAUUGGAUUAAGCUCUGGAUUUGUAUUUUCAGCAGCAGUAUCCAUCACAUCAGAGCUUUUUGGGCCUAAUAGUGCCAGUGUCAACCACAACAUCCUCAUCACCAACAUUCCCAUCGGAUCACUCCUCUAUGGUCUCCUUGCAGCUCUGGUAUACGAUUCUAAUGUGAAAAGUUCUAUACAGGAAAACUUGUUGGAGGAAGCAAUGGUGUGCAUGGGCAGGGAAUGCUAUCUGCAGACAUUCAUAUGCUGGGGAUGCAUUUCCCUGUUAGGCCUAAUCUCAAGUUUUCUGCUUUUCUUAAGGACCAGGCCUGCUUAUGACCACUACAAAAGGAAUAGAAGUCGAGCACAGUUUUCCUAGACUAUGAAGUUUAAGUCCCCUCUCCCCUCUCUCUAUUUUCCUUUCAUAGGAUCUCAUAUUGCUAAUGCACUUAAAGGGUAUAAGGAUUCCCAGGAAAAUUGGGAAAUCCAGAAGUGAACAAUGACUCAUUGAACAUAUAUGUACAACUAACAAAAUGCCUAUCCCCCCUUAGAGCAGGCCGGGCAAAUGUUUCUAACGAACUACAGAAUGAACAGGAAAAAAAAUUAGUUAGAUUAUGACUUGUGGAAUGCAUCAUUGUAUGUAAAGGCAGACUACAUUUUAUCUAGUUUUACUAGUCUUGGCUUAAGCAUUGUGAAUUAGAUAUUUGCUUGUAUGAAUAAGUAAACAUAAAGGGAAAAAGAGAUAAAAACAUUUAUUAAUAUGUUAAUUAUCUCAAGAAUAAUACAACAGCUUCCAAGUUCCGACCAAGAAUAUUAGUGUUAUUUGGUGUAACAACCACAUUGGAAAUGAUGAUGACCUUGCUUUUAGUAUAAAAGCAGGGCAUCAGGACAUUGAUUAAACCAACCAUCCAAGGUUAGAUUGUUAGAAGUUUCUUGUAAGUUGGGCAUUGCAAUUUGAUUAUAAGAUACAAUUGGUUGGUAAGGAUAGUUUUUGACAAGCCCUAUAAUAAGAAUCACUUGGGACUGAAGUAGAAAGCUACCAACAAUGGUAGGUUUCUUGUCACCAUCCUCCUUUGCUGAUAGCAAGAAAGCUGUCUCCGCAGGUUAUCUCAAGUGGCUUAUUUCCGCACUUGGACAGAAUUUAUGAGUCUUUUACAGGGUUAUCUUAGCAGCUGCUAAAUACUGCUUAUCCUUUUGUUUAACUCUUUCUUUAUGCUAAAUACCUGGAAUAUCAUGCCCUUUUUAGAAGGCGUUCUCAGGAUGGAUAAGUGAUAAGGGGGAUCGCUAUCGACACAAGAACCAAAAAGUUAGCAGUCUCAGAUGUUAUUUGAAAGGAAUAAUGCAAGAGCAAACGGAUUGCCUUUUAAGUGUCCUGAUCUCUUAGAGUUAGAAGUCAAGUACGCAAUUUGUGCAAAUCUCCACAC